CGGCUUCAAAUAGCAAGAGGUGAGAUUCGCUGAAGUCUUAAUGGUAUUAGAUCCCAAUUUCGGAGAAGCAGUGAGAAUCUGAGACUUUACCGAAGAUGUCCCGGCGAUCUGGAGGAUGCGUGAGGUGUUGCUUGGCAGUGUUUGCGGUGGUCUCAGCUUUGGCUGUGUGUGGCCCCGUUUUGUACUGGAGAUUCAAGAAUAGUUUGAAACUCAGCAAUUCCGAAAGCUCUUGCCCUCCCUGCGUUUGUGAUUGUCCUCCUCCUUUGUCUCUCCUGCGCAUUGCUCCUGGGUUGGCCAACCUUUCUGUCUCAGAUUGUGGAAGUAAUGAUCCAGAUCUCAAGCAGGAAAUGGAAAAGCAAUUCGUGGAUCUUCUCACAGAGGAGCUUAAGCUGCAAGAAGCUGUCACCAAUGAGCACAGUCGUCAUAUGAACAUAACACUGGCUGAAGCGAAGAGAUUGGCAUCUCAAUACCAGAGGGAGGCAGACAAAUGUGUUGCUGCCACUGAAACUUGUGAACAAGCAAGAGAGCGGGCCGAAGCCUUGCUCAUCAGGGAAAAGAAGAUGACAUUGCUGUGGGAGCGGCGAGCGCGUCAAGUUGGCUGGCAAGGGGAAUAGCUGUACAAAAAGUAUUCUUGAUAUUCUUCAAUGCCUUGCAGCCUGCAACUGAUAUUUUCCCCCUUUUCAAUACAAGCACGCAAGCAAAUUGCUGAAGUUGUUAACCGAUUUUGGUUAUAAAUAUAGUUGUUCUCUUACCACUGUGGUGUUGUGUCUACAUCAACCCAAAUUGGCUUGUAUCAAUCAAUUUUGAUCCUGGGAUGAAAAUGGCAACCAUGUAUAAGCUGCACUAGUAUUUAGUGUUAUUGUGUCUCCUUUUGUGAUGCACUUGGCACAUCUCAUUUUGGGAUUGGCUAUGCUGCUCAGUGCUUUUUAAAGCUGGUUUCCCUUACUGCGUAGCAAAGGUGCCAGAAAGAUACAUGGUUAGUAUAUUUGAUUGAAUAAAGAAUAGCAGAAGUGGGGGGG